CUUUGUUCAGCUAUCGGUCUCCACCGAGCUCAACACCGCCGAUUCCGCCGCCACGGCCAGAUGAAGCAGAAGCAAUGGCCUCUUCAUAAAUCAUCCACCCCUCCCUUGAUCAAAAAGCAAAAGAAUACCCUCGCUUUGGCAAAAACAUCGAAACCCCCCCAAUUCAACUAUCUCCGGCAUCCCCUACGACGCAUUAGUCAGGAUCGCCGCGUCCUUCACUCUGCCGGAUCUGAGGGCGGCUUCGCUCAAGCCGCUCAGCGAGGCCAUGGCUUUGUUUAAGCGAGGGAAGCAAUUCAAGCACGGCCGCCAGCCCUGCUUGGACAAGGCUUUGGAUUGUUUCUUGAAGGCGGCAGGCGGCAGCGCGUGGCUCUGUUCUAGCUAUGCUAAACCUCCAAAUACCAAACAGGCAGUUGAGUGGCUGUACAAGGCUUCCAUUGCCGGCCAUGCUCGCGCUCAAUACCAACUGGCGCUUUCUUUUCAUCAAGGAAAAGGGGUGGAACAAAGUGUACGAGAAGCGGCUGGCUGGUAUGCAAGAGCUGCAGAGGGGGGAUAUGCGCGUGCGAUGUACAAUACAUCCCUAUGCUACUCACUCGGUGAAGGUUUGGAGCAAUCGGAUAUGUUGGCUAGAAAAUGGAUGAGGAGGGCAGCUGACCAUGGCCAUAGCAAAGCUCAGUAUGAGCACGGAUUGGCCCUCAUUUCAGAAGGCGACGCAAUGAAUGGUGUGGUGUACCUGGAACUGGCUACCAGGGCCGGUGAAAUGGCUGCAGCACCAGCAAGAGACGCUGUGCUUGAGCAACUCUCAGCAAGUUGUCGAAAUAGAGCUGUAAUUCUUGCCGACAAAUGGCGCUCUUUAGCCUCCUCCCGGUGACUCCACUACUACCUAUUUACCCUCGUUACAGCCAUUAGCAUUUUUAUGUGUGUCAAAAUUUGUAAACUAGUAUGUACCUAAAUUUCAUGGAGUAAAUUCUUUUCUUAAUUA